CGGAGCGACGGGCGGCCGGACGGACGGGAGCGGCGGCCGGUGCUGGCAGGGACGCGCCGCCGAGCCCUCCCGGCCAUGGCCCCCGCGGCCCCGCCGGCGCUGCUGGCCCUGGCGCUGGCCCUGGCGCUGGCCCCGCUCCGCUGCCCAGCCGACGGGGACCCCCCCGAGCCCCUGUACCUGCCCGCGGCCCUGGACGUGCUGGGGGUGCCCGAGUACUACCGGCUGCAGCGGGCAGACGGGGACGUGGGCGCCAACGCCUCGCUGCACGCCCGCACCGACACCUUCCUGCUGCUGCCGCACGGCUCCGCCGCGCAGCCCCUCGUCCAGGCCACCUACCCGCCCUUCAGCACCCGCCAGGAGGUGCCCACGCUGAGCCCCCCGGGCAGGGACGGCGCGGCAGCCUGGGCAGUGAGGGCUGUGUCCCUGGAGAGCGCCGUGUCCCCGGCUGAGCCCUUCGCCCGUGUCCUCUUCCACCUCUACGGGCCUGACUGGUUGCCUGGGCAGAAGGAGCAGCCUGGGCAGAAGGAGCACCCUGGGCAGAAGGAGCAACCUGGGCAGAAGGAGCACCCUGGGCAGCAGGGGCACCCUGGGCAGCAGGGGCACCCUGGACAGAAGGAGCACCCUGGGCAGCGGGGGCACCCCAAGGAACGGGAGCACCCCAAGGACUGGGACCACCCCAAGCAGUGGGACCACCUUGGGCAUCAGGAGCACCCCAAGGAGCAGGAGCACCCUAAGCAAUGGGAGCACCCCAGGCACCAGGAGCACCCCAAGGAGCAGGAGCACCCCGGGCACCAGCAGCACCCCAAGGAGCAGGAGCACCCUGGGCACCAGCAGCACCCCAAGGAGCAGGAGCACCCUGGGCACCAGCAGCACCCCAGGCAGCGGGACCUGCCCUGCGUCACUCUCCACGCUCGGCACCGUGGCCGCGUGGCCCGUGGCACGUGCCGCCUGCAGGCUCCUCUGGGCGUCUGCGUGGUCGAGCUGGAGAUCCCCCCGCGUUGGUUCCUCCCGGCGUCCCCCUCCCCGCGCAGCCACCGCCACGCAGCCGAGCCCCCCGAGCCCCCCGAGGCGGCUGAGCUGCACUACAGGGUGCUGGGGGGGCUGGGGCAGUGUGAGGAGGAGGAGGAGGAAGAGCAGCCCCUGCAGUACGUGGGCCGGCUGGAGCUGCGGGCGGCAGAGCCGGCGCGGCAGCAGGAGGUGAGGCUGGACGACAAGGUGCUGCUGAGGGUGCCCGAUGCCACCCUGCGCCCGGGCCAGCGCUUCACCGCCACCCUGGCUCUGCAGCACAACUUCACCGCUGACCAGCUGACCCUGAGGGUGAAGGCGAAGAAGGGGCUGCAGGUGGUGGCUGCCAGGGCCGUGGCCCCCGAGCUGUGGAGCGUCCAGCUGGAGCGGAGCCGUGGCCCCAAGCACUCCACGGCCGUGGUGACGUGCGGGCGCAGCACGGAAGCCCCCGGCAGCGGCAGGGCACCGGCCUCGGGCGCCUUCCUGCAGCUGGACGUGGCGGUGGAGAACGGCACCGGGGGGCUGGCGGCGGCACGGCCCCUCACCUGGCAGGUGGAGUACCCAGGGCAGGACCCCGAGGCCCAGAAGGACAAACUGGUGUGGGAGAUCCAGGUGUCAGAGCGGGACGUCCGUGCCCUCGUGCCCCUGGUGCAGGAGCUGGACAUCCUCAACACAGCCCCUCUGACGGGCAUCCCCCGUGCCGUGCCCGUCAGGCUGGUGACGGUGGAGGCCGGCGGUGCCGUGGCCGAGCUGACCGAGCCCCCGGGCUGCGAGUCGGCUGACAAGCAGGUCCUGCAGGUGUCGGAGGCGUGCGACGCGGUGCUGGUGGCGGGGAAGGAGAGCCGCGGGGCGCGGGGGGCGCGCGUGGAUUUCUGGGCUCGGCGCCUCCACUCGUCGCUGCGCUUCGGCGUCUGGGCGCCGCUGCUGCCGCUGCGCCUGCAGCUCAGUGACACGGCCCUGGAGCAGCUGCGGGGCUGGCGCCUGCCCGGCGGCCCCGAGAGCGCGGCGCUGGAGGCCGAGGCCGGCGGGGAGGAGGCUGAGCGGCGGGCACGGGGCUGCCGGCCCCAGUACCAGCGCUCGCAGCUCAGGGUCCUGGCACACUUUGUCGCCCACCCCAUGGACGGUGGCCGCCACCUCAGCUACCUGCCGGGCCCAGAGUGGCUGCUGGACGUCACCCACUUGGUGGCCGGGCACACGCGGGUGCAGGACCCCCGCGUGGCAUCGCUGGAGGGGGGCACCGUGGUGGUGGGCAGGGAGCCCGGGGUCACCUCCGUGGAGGUGCACUCCCCUCUCUCAGCCUCCAUCCUGGGCGAGCAGCUGCUGGUGGUGUCCGAGGAGAAGGUGACGGUGACGGAGCUGCGCGCGGGGCUGGUGGCGGGGCUGAGCCUGAGCCUGCGGGUACAGCCCGGCCAGCCCCGGCUGCUCACGGCCACCACGCACGGCACAGCCACCCUGCGUGGCCACAAGCAGGAGGCGACGCUGUCCGUCUGGCUGUCCUUCUCUGACCGUACCCUGGCCCCGCUGGAGCUCUACGGCUGGCAGGACGCGGCCCUGAGCGUCACCUCCUUGGACCCCGCCGUGGCCAGCGCCGGGGGCUCGGCGGGGGCCCGGCCGUGGGUGGUGGCGGAGGGCCCGGGCCGGGGGGCGCUGCUGCAGCUCAGCCUCUACCCCCCGGACUCCUGUCGCCGGGGCCGGCACCGGGGGGCCCCGUUGGCCACGGGCACGGCCUGGCUGGAGGUGGGGGGCUGGCGCCGCGCUCCCACCCCCGGCGGCCCCCGUGGAGGCCGGCCCAGGCCCGGCUCGGCCUUUCCCCGUGCCGAGGGAGCCAUGUCUGGUGAGGCCGUGACGGCGGCCGGGGAGCCCCGGCACGGGGAGCCCCCCGGGGUGGGACCUGCCUCCACCAAGCUCCGUGGGCUGGGGUCUUCCUCGGAGGAGGAGGAGGAGGAAGAGGGAGCUUAUGGCCGUGCCCGUGGCGCCGCGGAGGAGGGAGACGAGGAGGAGGAGGAGGACGAGAUGGUGAAGGCUCCCGAGCGGGUGACCGACCUGGAGAUCGGCAUGUACGUCCUGCUGGGGGUCUUCUGCUUGGCCAUCUUCAUCUUCCUCGUCAACUGCAUCUUCUUCGUCCUGAGGUACCAGCAGAAGGAGCUGCCCGAGCCCGGGGCCGCCCCCUCCGCCCCCCAACCCCACAACUGGGUCUGGCUGGGCACCGACCAGGAGGAGCUGAGCCGGCAGCUGGACCGACGGCAGCCCGAGCCCGCGGCCCCCCGGCCCGGCCCCGAGCCCACCCGCUGCUCCUGCGCCUCGGGGGCAGAGCCCGCCGCCGCCCCCAGCCCCCUGCCCCGCAAAGAGGGGGCUGCGCCGGCCGGGGGGAGGAGGAAGAGGGUGGAAUUCGUGACCUUCGCCCCCGGCCGUGCCCCCGAGGAGCCCCCCGAGGCCGUGCCCCACGUGCAGUCCAUCCUGGUGGCCAGCGAGGAUGACAUCCGCUGGGUCUGCGAGGACAUGGGGCUGCGGGACCCCGAGGAGCUCAGGAGCUACAUGGAGAGGAUCAGGGGCAGCUCCUGACCCCACGGCUCCCCUCACCCUCCCCUUAACCCACCUCCCCAACCCCGGGGGCUGUGCUGCUCGUGGGGACCGCUGGCUCAGCUCACCCAAGGGACCACCCCAGGCUGUGUGUGUGUGUGAGUGUGUGAGUGUGUGUGUGUGGUGUGGGGUGGGGGGACACAUCCCCCUGCUCAGGGGAGGGGGUCUGUAGCACCAGGGGCUGCUCUCACUGCUUUGGGUCUCAUUGCGACAUUGUGUUCAUAGUGAUGAUGAUGAUGAUGAUGGUGAUGAGUCCUGUGGUCUGAUCCCGGGGUGGGAGGAGAAGGGUGGGGGGUCCUGUGCCCUCUCCUUGCCUCGCUGCCGACCCCCUUUCACCCCGGCCACACAUCCAUUUUGUACGACUGGCAUCUCCUCCCAGCCCCGCCCAGGGGCUGCCCCGGGGGGUAUUUAUGGGAGAUUUUUAAUUCUGACGUUGUUACAAAAAUAAAAGAGGCAAA